UUUAUUCCAGCCAUGUCUCUAUUUUUUUCAACAAAUCAUGUCUCCGUUUUCUCUACUGUAAAACAAUAAUCAGGCACCACCGGCUAGUAAACAUGCUUACAGGUUGCAUUGAAAAUUAUUAAUAUAUGGAAUUGAUCUAUAUUAGUCAUGGUUCUACCUGUUAAAAAAAAAAAAAAAAACCUAUUAGAUAAUAUAUUAGGAGUGUGCUCUCUCAUUUUGCAUAAACAUAGAAAUCAUCAUGAAAAUUAUUCACAGCCUUCAUUUUGAUGCUUAAGAAUUACUGAUCCAACACACUAAUUAACCACGAUUAGAGAGAGAUUGUUUUCUCGCAAAACCCAAGUCUAAUAUACUUGAAGUAUACGGUCACUCUGGAAUUCCAUGUAGCUUUCAGGCAAUAACCAUACAUCAUCACUUGGAUUUGGUCAUUCUAACCAGGCGUGCAGAUCCUUUAAAUUAAUACUUUUGAAACCCAGUGGGUACAAGCUGUUGUCUUUCAUCUUGAAUGCCGGCCUCUUUCCAUUAUAUAUCCAACCUCUUAUAGCUAAGCCUUAGCACGUUGUCUCAGAACUACAGACGUUCUCAUGGUCAUGAACUUCCACAAGAUGCCCAAUCGUCUCAAGCAUAAGCUCUCUCGUGUUAUCACCUCAUUCCAACUCUGUAGAUCCAAAGAUCCUUCUUGUCCCGAAGCUCCAACCCCAGCUAUCCACAGGCUCUCUCCUUUCAACCCUAAAGCACUUGACAUCAAUUACCCUUGUAACCUCCCAGCACCACCACCAUCAACACCUUAUCACAAAUGCCAAGUGUCAAGGAAGACCAUUUCCAUUGGCUGCAAAUGCCAAUCAAGAUCGUGCCCGCGCUGCUGCAUGUCAGAUUGGAGCAUUGAAUCGCCAGAUUUUGCGUGCAAGAAAGAAGCCAGGUGGCAAGCCAAACCUCACCUAAACGUGCCCUUCUCAUUCUCUGAUGAGAGUGGGGACAUGUCACCCUUCAUGGUAACUGGAAAAAACAAAAACAGAGAAAUUAAUAUCAAGAAAAACAAGGUCAAGACAGGUGUCUUGUCUGUUGAUACUAGUGGGUGCUUUAGCAGUACUGAUGUUGCUGGUGAAGAAAAUGAAACCCUACUUUGUUCUUCAAGAAGUUUCUCCUAUGAUUCUUCUUGUGAAUUCAGCCAUUCAUUGGAUACUAUAGCCAGGCAACCAGAAUACCAUGAAGCGUUUAAUAAUCCUAUAGGGAACAAGAAAGAGAGUAAUUUAAAGAAAAUUAAAAAGCUUGGACACCAAGUUUCAUUGAACAAGUGGAAAAGAUCAAAGACUGUGACGUCUCCAGAGAUUCCUUCACCUGUGAGAUCAUCCGUUUUGAAGCGGGUGAUAUCACGCAAGGUUGAUGGGAGAGUGAAGGAGAGCAUGGCAGUGGUGAAGAAAUCGCAAAACCCACACCAGGACUUUAAGAGGUCUAUGUUGGAGAUGAUAUUAGAAAGGCAAAUAUUUGAGGCCCAGGAUUUAGAGGAACUUUUGCAGUGUUUUUUGUCCUUGAAUUCGAGACAGUAUCAUGGAGUUAUCGUGCAGGCAUUCUCAGAGGUUUGGGAGAUCAUUUUCUGUGAUUCUCCUGUAAAGAAGAGAGCUUCUAUCAGAAAUUAA